UGCGCAUGCUGCGAAAGUCCCAUAUAUCUAAUAAGUUUGUUUUUCAAACAUCUCUUCUUCUGUGUGGGUCUGUGACCAAUUCUCUGAAAGUCCCAGAAAUAUAUACAGAAGCCAACCAUGGGAACUCAAGCUUAUGAUCAGAACGGUCAGAACAUUAAUGCCCGGACAGAUGUGGAUGAAAAAUUUGCGAGGCAGAAGGAAAUCGAUGACUGGCUUCCAAUCACAUCUUCAAGGAAUGCAAAAUGGUGGUACUCCGCCUUCCACAAUGUCACGGCCAUGGUCGGAGCCGGUGUCCUCAGUCUUCCCUACGCCAUGUCAGAGCUUGGAUGGGGUCCUGGGGUUGCAAUUCUAAUCCUGUCAUGGAUCAUCACACUGUACACUCUAUGGCAAAUGGUUCAGAUGCAUGAGAUGGUUCCGGGGAAACGUUUCGACAGAUAUCACGAACUUGGUCAAUAUGCUUUUGGAGAAAAGCUUGGUCUCUACAUUGUUGUGCCUCAACAACUUGUGGUUGAAGUUGGUGUGAACGUUGUGUAUAUGGUCAACGGUGGAAAAUCACUCAAGAAGUUCCAUGACACCGUCUGCCCGUCCUACAAACAAAUCAAGCUGACUUACUUCAUCAUGAUAUUCGCCUCGGUUCACUUUGUGCUUUCCCACCUUCCAAACUUGAAUUCCAUCUCUGGUGUCUCUUUGGCUGCUGCAGUUAUGUCCUUGAGUUACUCUACCAUUGCUUGGGGAGCUUCAAUAGACAAGGGUGUUAAGGAUGAUGUAGCAUAUGGCUACAAAUCCAAGUCCACUGCAGGAACCGUCUUCAACUUCUUUAGCGCACUUGGAGACGUAGCUUUUGCCUAUGCUGGGCACAAUGUGGUCCUUGAGAUCCAAGCAACUAUUCCAUCCACCCCCGAAAAGCCCUCGAAAGGACCGAUGUGGAGAGGAGUCAUCGUCGCCUACAUAGUCGUCGCUUUGUGCUACUUCCCCGUUGCACUCGUUGGAUAUUAUAUCUUUGGCAAUAGCGUUGACGACAACAUCCUCAUCACUUUAGAGAAACCCGCCUGGCUAAUCGCAAUGGCUAAUAUGUUUGUUGUCAUACACGUUAUUGGAAGCUACCAGAUUUACGCGAUGCCGGUGUUUGACAUGAUAGAAACUGUACUGGUGAAGAAGUUGCACUUUAGACCUAGCUUCAUGCUUCGUUUUAUUACACGUAACAUAUAUGUUGCCUUCACAAUGUUUAUUGGCAUUACUUUCCCUUUCUUUAGUGGUCUUCUUGCGUUCUUUGGAGGUUUUGCUUUUGCCCCAACAACAUACUUUCUCCCCUGCAUCAUGUGGCUUGCCAUCUACAAACCAAGGAAAUACAGCUUAUCUUGGUGUACCAACUGGAUUUGCAUCGUACUUGGUGUACUUUUGAUGAUUUUGUCACCAAUUGGAGGACUUAGACAAAUCAUAAUCCAAGCUAAGACCUACGAGUUUUACUCUUAAAUUAUCUCUCCUUAGUAAACGGGUUGUAAAUUUUGAGGCAACUACAACCAAUUUCAUAGAAGGAAGAGAGAGAAAGAAUGAUGGCAACAAGCUAAUCAUGGGCCUGACAAAAGUCAAACAGACCAUUCAAAGAACUGAAGAAGUAGACUUGUUGUGAAACAUGUAGUUGCCAAUUGUCUGAGGCAAAAAGAAAAUAUUUGUAAUUCAAUAGACUCAGAGAAGCUUAGUCCAGGCCUUCCCUUACCAUUUAUUAUGUUUUUGUAUGUAUGUUUUGGCAUAUUGGUACACGUGUGAAAUAUUAUUAUAUUUACUUAUCCACACUUUCACUUUCGAACUGAUAAAAGCAAAUUGCUUCAAUUGCUUUUUAUUUCAUUACUCCAA